AUGCCGGACGAACUCAUCAAUCUCGCUCGCCAGCUGCUCCAAACUGAUGGCAUGGUUGUUCAACCCGCCUUCCGAUCCUACGUUCAAGGGUUGGUUGGAAUGCUCAGAACUGACACCAUACCACCUGAGACCAUAUACCGGUUUGUUCUGCGGAAUUGCUAUCGCAAACUGGGCGAAAGACUCAGAACCGUGAAUCGACCUUUCAAGCCGUCCAUCGUGCACCUUCUUCGAGACUGGUGGUUGAAACAGUCGGCAAGCAUCGCUGACAAUGAUGCCCUGGUCCCCUCCUAUCCGGUCCGGCUAUCGGGCUCUAUUCUUACUUGUGUUUCGUAUCUCUUGACGAACGAGGUCAAGCUGGAUGGACGUCCAGUUAACUGGGCCACGUUGUUGGAAGACGCCUCUCUCGCUCCUCAUGCGUCUUCUGCUGCCCGUGGUACUUUCAGCAAGAACAAUGCACACGUAUGGGCGGCAUUCCUCUCCUAUCACCUAGCGUGCAUUACAGCUGCACUGAAUGCCCUCGAAAGCCAUGACAAUAAGCUGGCUGGUGGAGUCCAACGAAGUCGGAAGAUGAAGGUGUUCACCACCUCCACGACUCACGCACUUCCUCCACAACAACUCGAUAACCUCUCCGUCAGCCUUGAAGUCCUUUCCCAUUUCUUUUAUGGUGAUGUAUCUUCUAUGGCCUCUUUCCCUAUGUCUCUUCCUACUGUCAUCCAGACAUUGUUCAGUGACGUGGAUUUUGGUCUGGCAGAUUUCCUAGUUUUGGAGACCCCAUCGAGCGCCGUCCUUCUGCCCAGUGACGAUGAUACAUUUCUCGAUGAUGACAGACAGAAUCAAGUCGAGGACACCAUGUCUGUUCGUGCCGACGCCGAGGGUGAUGAAUCUACAGUUCAGUAUGCUGGCACCGCCCUAAAAUGGUCCUUGAUCAAUCUCUGUGGCUUCUUUCUGGCGACCCAAGAUGUAGCUUGUUACUUCCGGUCCCCUACAAGCUCUCCUAUGCACCCAUGGAAUCCGAACAUCAUCGUCAUCACUGGUACUCAGACUCCCAGCCUAGUGCUCUCUCUUUCUGAGCUCAGCGCGAUACGGGAAUGGCUCAACUCUUUGCCCUUUCAAGACAGAACAUUCAACAAACUCAAGCACGACCGCUUCUUCCAGAAUGCCCCAACAACUGGCAUCCAUUACCACUUCCACUGCGAGUCUAUCCUCAUGGCCCUUAUGCACCAAGCUAAAGAUCCGGCCGAGAUCUGUUCAGGCACUACUUGUGACCAUGAGGAUGCCAGGUGUCACCUUUUUCGCGAGGCACAGGGCGUUCUUGGUUUGUGGGGUUCUUUGAGCCGAGCCAUCCCCAUUGCUGUUUGCCCCAAAAAGGCCUGUGCACACUGCGCAUUCACUGCCUUAUAUGGACACCAACAUUAUGUCAACACAGAUGGCAGCCACGGCAUUGGCUUUCGAACAAAGCUCUUUGGCUUGCAUCAAGACGCCGAGCGUCGAUUUGCCACCCUCUUGCUUCAUUCUCUUCUCUACCCUGAUGACGUCCCUAAAACAAAUGAAAGCUCCCCAAACAAGUCCCUUGCUGGGGCCACCCCUCCAACAGCGUCGGAAAAGCUCAUGAAUAUGUACGGUGCAGCCAAGUCUUUGGCACGUCUUUCCCAAAACCAGGAAACCGAUGAUGAGGAUAUGGACACUCCCACUUGGCCAGUCCCGGUGCGGAGGCGCCUGUUUGCUGACCAGAUUAAAGACAGUGUCACGUCCGAUCAUACCUGA